AUGCCAUCUGUGGGUCAGCGUAUUGAAGCCUACCUCGGAAACCUUCUCAGCUCCAAAAAGGGUCGUGAUGCUGGGCUAUUGACUCGCCAGCCUCAAUUCGAACAGAUAGAACCUACGUUGAAGGUCACCUCUGAUAUCGGGCCAUCCGGAACCAUAAUGCCAAAAAGAUAUGGUAACGAUGGGGGCAACGAGCUACCAACGUUGACAUGGGAAGCAAUCCAGGACGCACAGGAAUACUUCGUGAUUUCAGAGGACCCCGAUGUACCUUUGCCUACCGUUGCUACCCAUGGAAUUCUAUACGGUAUAUCUCCUGAGAUCACCAGUAUCCAACAUGCUGAUAUCAAAGACGUAGAUUCUAAACAGCGUACAAUCAAAAAUGGAUCUAUCAAAUAUGGAAAGACUUUGAUGAGGACUCCAUAUGAAGGUCCUCGGCCGCCUCUUAACCAUGGCGCACAUCGUUAUAUUUACACAGUCGUGGCUCUCAAGCACCCACUGGAAAAUCUUCCCAAAUACCCUGGUAAAACAGACUUCCUCAAGGUUAUAAACGAAGAUAAUGUAUUGGCAUGGGGCGAAUGGAUCGGUGUAUAUGAAAGAAAGCUAGAGUAA